AUGGAUGAGACAUUAAUUCAGACCAUCAACAAGCUCCAGGACGCUCUGGCCCCUCUGGGCUCUGGAUCGACGUCUCCUGUUGAUCUUCCGCAGAUCACCGUUGUGGGGUCGCAGUCGUCGGGAAAGAGUUCCGUGCUGGAGAACAUUGUUGGCCGGGAGUUCCUCCCACGAGGAACAGGAAUCGUCACCAGACGUCCGCUGAUCCUGCAAUUGAUCAACAAGCGUAACAAUGCGGCCAAAUCUGCGGCCAGCGACCUCAUUGACAUCCAAACCACCGACUCCCAAGGAAACAAGACAGAGAACAACGCGGAUGAAUGGGGAGAGUUUCUGCAUCUACCGGGCAAGAAGUUCUACAACUUUGACGACAUCCGUCAGGAGAUCGUGAGAGAGACCGAAGCAAAGACGGGAAAAAACGCGGGUAUUAGCUCGGUUCCUAUCAAUUUGCGGAUCUAUUCUCCACACGUUUUGACCUUGACGCUUGUUGAUUUGCCGGGACUGACCAAAGUUCCUGUUGGAGACCAGCCGAAGGAUAUUGAGAAACAGAUUCGUGAGAUGAUCAUGAAGUUCAUUUCGAAACCAAACGCGAUCAUUUUGGCCGUCAAUGCUGCCAAUCAGGAUCUGGCCAAUAGUGACGGUUUGAAGCUGGCCAGAGAGGUCGACCCUGAAGGACUCAGAACCAUUGGUGUUUUGACCAAGGUCGAUUUGAUGGACCAAGGAACCGACGUUAUUGACAUUCUGGCAGGCAGAGUCAUCCCAUUGCGGUCCGGAUACGUCCCGGUCAUUAAUAGAGGACAAAAGGAUAUUGAGAACCACAAGACCAUCAGAGAGGCUCUGAACGACGAAAGAAGAUUCUUCGAGAACCACCCAUCCUAUAGCAGCAAGGCUCACUACUGCGGUACGCCAUACCUGGCCAAGAAGCUGAACGCCAUUUUGCUCAACCAUAUCAGAACAACUUUGCCAGAGAUCAAGGCCAGAAUCGAGACCGCAUUGAAGAAAUACCAGCAGGAACUCGCUGCUCUGGGGCCGGAGAUGGCAGAGACGCCUAGCUCGAUCGUGCUCAGCGUGAUCACCGACUUCUGCAACGACUACACUGGAAUUUUGGACGGUCAAACCAAAGACAUCUCUUCGAACGAGCUGAGCGGAGGUGCCAGAAUCAGCUUUGUUUUCCACGAGAUCUUUAAAAACGGAGUCUACGCUCUGGACCCAUUCGACCAGAUCAAGGACGCCGAUAUCAGAACCAUCAUGUACAACUCGUCUGGAUCUGCUCCUUCUCUGUUUGUUGGCACGCAGGCUUUCGAGGUUCUGGUCAAACAACAGAUCCAUAGAUUCCAGGACCCUUCGUUGAGAUGUAUCACGCUUGUUUUCGACGAACUGGUGCGUAUUCUGUCCCAGAUCCUUGCACAACCGGAGUAUGCUAGAUAUCCAGGUUUGAAAGAGCAGAUCUCCCAGAUUUUCAUCCAGUACCUAAGAGAGUCUGUGAUUCCUACAAACGGGUUUGUGGAGGACAUCAUCAAGUCCGAGCAGACUUACAUCAAUACAGCACACCCUGACUUGCUCAAGGGAUCUCAGGCAUUGGCCAUGGUGCAAGAAAAGAUGCAUCCAACUGUUCACGUUGAUCCAAAGACCGGCAAGCCGCUGCCUAAUCAGGCAGCCACCUCUGCGCCACCUGUUUCCGAGGAGGACAAGACUGGCUCCUUCUUUGGCGGGUUCUUCUCUUCAAAGAACAAAAAAAGAUUGGCUGCCAUGGAAGCUCCACCAAACAUCUUGAAGGCCUCUGGCCAGAUGACCGACCGUGAGCAACAGGAGACCGAGGUGAUCAAGCUUUUGAUCCAGUCGUACUUUGGAAUUGUGAAGCGUACCGUUGCGGAUCUUGUUCCAAAGGCGGUCAUGUUGAAGCUGAUCCAGCAGUCCAAGAACGACAUCCAAAAGGUGCUAUUGGAGAAACUUUACGGAAACAGGGACCUCGACUCGCUCGUUAAGGAGAACGAGAUCACUGUUGCUAGAAGAAAGGAGUGCAAGAAGAUGGUUGAGGUGCUCAGACACGCUUCCGAGAUUGUGUCUACUGUUUAG